AUGAGAGAAAGAUGGAGGAGAUAUGAGGGAUGGAGGAGAUGUGAGCUUAGAUUUGAAGCAGGGAUGAUGAAACCGAAGAUAGAGUGCGAAAACUAUGAUGGUGUUAAUUUAAAUUCCUCUCUAGAUCGGAUAUACAGCUGUUACUGCCGUAAUGGAUUUCGAGGGAGAGCGUACAUUCAGGACGGGUGUCAAGGUGUGGGGAGUCCUCUUGGAUUAUUAGUUCUACUUUUUAGUACAUGGAGACUAUACAUAUUCAUAAGGAAAAGAAAAGAAAUUAAACGCAAGAAAGCAUUUUUCAAACGAAAUGGUGGCCUUUUGUUGGAACAACAGAUACACUCAAGUGAAAACAAUGUCGAGCAAACGAAGUUGUUCAAGUCAAAAGAGUUAGAGAAGGCAACUGAUAAUUUCAAUAUAGAUAGAGUUCUUGGGCAUGAAGGCCAAGGCACUGUGUACAAAGGAAUGUUGGAAGAUGGAAAGAUUGUUGCUGUAAAGAAGUCUAAAAUAAUUGAUGAAGCCAAACUCUAUGAAUUCAUCAAUGAAGUUGUCAUUCUUACACAAAUCAAUCAUAGAAAUGUUGUCAGGCUAUUGGGAUGUUGUCUGGAGACAGAUGUUCCACUUCUAGUUUAUGAAUUCAUCCCAAACGGAACACUUUCUGAGUAUAUUCAUGACAAAAAUGCAGAGUUUCCUUUCACAUGGAACAUGAGAUUACGAAUUGCAACUGAAGUUGCAGGAGCUCUUUCAUACUUACACUCGGCAGCUUCUUUUCCAAUUUAUCAUCGAGAUGUCAAGUCUACGAAUAUACUCCUUGAUGAAAAAUUCAAAGUAAAAGUUGCAGACUUUGGUACAUCAAGAACUAUCUCCUUAGCGCAAGCUCACUUGACCACUUUAGUUUAUGGCACAUUUGGCUAUCUAGAUCCAGAAUACUUUCAGUCUAGCCAAUUCACAGAUAAGAGUGAUGUUUAUAGUUUUGGAGUUGUUCUUGUCGAGCUCUUGACCGGACAAAAAGCAAUAUCUGCAACAAGGUCAGAGGAGGAAGGAAGAAGUUUGGCAACAUAUUUCAUGAUGACGAUGGAGAAAAAGAGCAGUAGUUUGUUCGACAUUCUUGAUGGUCAAGUUCUCAAAGAUGCGCCAAAAGAAGAGAUCUUAACUGUUGUUGAUCUUGCAAAGAGAUGCUUACAUUUGAAUGGAAGGAAUCGACCUACCAUGAAAGAAGUAGCAAAGGAGCUAGAGAGGAUUCAAGGCAUUGAUAAUAAAGAUUCUAAUGGUAUUCAACAUAAUUAUGAAGAUUUAGCAUAUGCACAACCUAUAUGCACAACCUGA